ACACACUCUCCACCCGGACACUCUCCCACCUCCCACUCGUCACUCACUCCCCUCCCACUACCCAACAACCACCGCGGGGACCCCCGAGCUCGCACCACGCCACCGCCCCGCCCCAAGAUAUGAGAAUACUAUGAUCCCCUCCCCUCCCCUCCCCUAUUCCCACUGCCUUUGCCGUCACAUGCGCACAAGAACCCGCGCCCAGCCAAGCCGCCGCAGCCGCUUCCAUGAGCUCUGCCGUCACUUCAUCGCGACGAGCAGCAGCGGCGCCCACGGUGCCUUCUUCCUGAACCGCCGGUGAGCCGCGACCCAUCGCGCAUUGCGCCGAGAAAGCGGAAGGAGGCGAUGGCCGCCGCGAGGAGGCUCUCGGAGCUGCUGCAGGAGCAGCAGGAGCCCUUCCUCGUCGAGGCCGCCAAGGCAAGGCGGCCCCGGCGCGGCCGUGGCGGGAGCGGCGGCGGCGGCGGAGGUGCAGGAGGGCCGGGCUGCUGCCCCGCCGCCGCGUGCCGGCGGCUGCUCAGGCUCUGCAACCACGGGUUCAAGAAGCGCAAGAGCGGCGUCGCGGGCGUAGGGAGCGGCCUGCGGUCCGCGCUGAGCAAGGUGCUGUGCAGCCGGGCCAUGCGCCGGGUGCUGCGCUGGGAGGAUCUCGGCGCCGGCUGCUUCUCCGGAGCGGGCGCCGGCUGCGGCCGCGAGUUCCGCCGCCUGCGCCGCUCCCUCGGCGACAGCGGCGAGUGCGACCCUCGCGCCAUGGUGUUCGCCGAGGAUGACGCGGAGGAGGAGGAGGAGGAGCGGAUGGGGUGGAAGGCCGACGUGGACGUGGACUCGUCGCGGCAGCUCAGCCCGGUCUCCGUCCUCAACCUGCACUCCGACGACGAGGAGUCGCCGGUGCAUUCCCACUGGGAGGACGAGAAGCCAUCGACCUCCGGGAGCUCGCCUCCCUCCGAAUCUUUCCUGGGCCCGGCGUCCCCAUGCUUCAGCUUCAGCUGCAACCUCCACGACAAGUUCUGCGAGAUGGAGGUGGACGAACCCGAGGAAGGGACGGUCAGGGCCGGCAGGUCCAUAGAGGAGCAGAUCUCGUCGUGGGAGAAGAUCGCGGGGGACAUCUCGAGGAUCCCCGCGAUGAUGGAGCUGGACCUGUCGCGGUCCAUGCGGCAAUGGCGGGAGAUGGAGCCGGAGGUGAGGGAGAUCGGCGCCAGGAUAGAGACCCUCAUCUUCGAGGACAUCAGGAGCGAGACCGUCUGCGACAUGCUCGCCUCGCAUUGUACAUUGGCAGCAACAUCUUGUUGAUCGGAGUGGAGGAAGAAAGGGAAAGAGACCGGGGGGGG